GGUUAUUUAAAGAGGGCCAUGGAAUUAGGAUUUUGCUAGAGCAAGGGCGCGAAGAACUUCUUGUCCCUAGAGGCCUAGGUUUCGCUGCGAGGAGGAAGAAGGAAGAGAUGAAGGCGCUGAUUCUUGUCGGAGGAUUUGGCACCCGGCUGAGGCCGCUCACGCUCAGCCUGCCCAAGCCGCUGGUAGAUUUCGCCAACAAGCCGAUGAUCUUCCACCAGAUCGAGGCGCUCAAGGCUGUGGGAGUCACGGAGGUAGUUCUGGCGAUCAGUUACCAGCCAGAGGUGAUGCUUAGCUUCCUAAAGGAUUUCGAGGCGAAGCUGGGCGUGAAGAUCACUUGCUCGCAGGAGCGAGAGCCGAUGGGGACUGCGGGGCCUCUGGCUCUUGCUCGCGACAAGCUACUCGACGGCUCUGGGGAGCCAUUCUUCGUCCUCAACAGUGAUGUUAUCUGCGAGUACCCGCUGGAGCAAAUGAUAGCUUUCCACAAGCAGCACAAAGGAGAGGCCUCGAUCAUGGUCACACAGGUUGACGAGCCAUCCAAGUAUGGAGUCGUGGUGCUGGACGAAGACACUGGCCUGGUUCACAGAUUCGUGGAGAAGCCACAAACGUUUGUCGGAAACAAGAUCAACGCCGGGGUCUAUCUCCUCAACCCGAGCGUCCUGGACCGGAUCGAGCUGCGGCCAACGUCGAUCGAGAAGGAGGUCUUCCCAGGCAUCGCUCAGGAGAAGCAGCUCUUUGCCAUGGUCCUGCCGGGAUUCUGGAUGGACAUUGGACAGCCCAAGGACUACAUCACAGGCCUGCAGCUCUACCUCGAGUCCCUGAGGAAGAAAUCUCCAGAGAAACUCGCGAGCGGCUCCAACGUCGUCGACAACGUGAUCAUCGACGAGAGUGCCAGCAUCGGACAAGGCUGUCUCUUGGGGCCGGAUGUUUCGAUCGGGCAGGGGUGCGUGAUCGAGGAUGGAGUCCGGCUCAAGCACUGCACGGUGAUGAGGGGGGUCCGGAUCAAGAAGCACGCGUGCGUUUCGUGGAGUAUCAUCGGCUGGCACUCCACAGUCGGGCAAUGGGCUCGUGUGGAGAACAUGACGGUCCUUGGCGAGGACGUGCAUGUGUCGGACGAGAUUUAUAGCAAUGGUGGUGUGGUUCUUCCACACAAGGAGAUCAAGGCCAACAUCAUGAAGCCAGAGAUUGUCAUGUAAAGAUUCGAUUUGUAUUCUACCAAAAAGGAUCUGUCGCUUCUACGUUGAUGUUUAUACAUUUCUUGUUGAGCAAGAGCUUGUGGA